CCGGGAUGGCGCGGCGCGGGCGGCGCGGCUAGACGGGACCCGAGCGGCCGCGCGCCCCGGCCCGGGGGAGGCGGUGCGGGGGAGCCUCGCGUCGCCUCGCCCGCCGCGGCUCGCGCCAUGCCCAACCCCAAGAGCUGUAAAGGCGGCCGCAAGAACAAACGCGCCAACAGCAGCGGGGACGAGCAGGAAAAUGGAGCCGGCGCGCUGGCGGCGGCGGGUGGCGCGGCGGGCGCGGCGGCCGGGGGCGCCCAGGCGGCGGCGGCGGGCGGCGGCGGCAGCGGCGGCGGCGGCGGCGGCGGAGCGGCCACGGCGGGCGCGGCGGGCAGCCCCGGGGGCGCGGCGGGCGGCGGAGGCGCGGGCGCCGCCCACGCCGCCCACGCGAGCAACUCGGCCGGGGCGGCCGCGCCGGGCGACGCCAAGAACGAGGCCCCGUGCGCCACGCCCCUGAUCUGCAGCUUCGGGAGGCCGGUGGACCUGGAGAAGGACGACUACCAGAAGGUGGUGUGCAACAACGAGCACUGCCCGUGCAGCCCCUGGAUGCACCUGCAGUGCUUCUACGAGUGGGAGAGCAGCAUCCUGGUCCAGUUCAACUGCAUCGGCCGCGCGCGGAGCUGGAACGAGAAGCAGUGCCGCCAGAACAUGUGGACCAAGAAGGGCUACGACCUGGCCUUCCGCUUCUGCUCCUGCCGCUGCGGCCAGGGCCACCUGAAGAAGGACACCGACUGGUACCAGGUGAAGCGGAUGCAGGAGGAGAAGAAGAAGAAGGCGGGCGCCGAGAAGAGUGCCGGCAGGCCGCCGGGGGACGCUGCGGGCGGGGAGGAGGCCAAGAAGUGCCGGGCGCCGGCCAAGCCCCCCAAAGGGCUGAGCCAUGAGGGACCGCGGCGGCACUCCAUGGACCGGCAGAACUCCCAGGAGAAGGGCUAUGGGACCCGCUCGCCCUGCGGCUCCCCGGGCCAGUCCCCGCCCGCCGGCUACUCCAUCCUGUCCCCCGCCCACUUCGGCGGGCCCCGCGCCUCCCGCUACCUCGGCGAGUUCCUCAAGAACGCCAUCCACCUGGAGCCGCACAAAAAGGCCCUGGGUGCGGGCCAUGUGUUCCGCAGCACCCACUUUGACUACAGCCCCGCCGCAGGCGGCUUAUCGGGGCACCGGGGAGCCCACUUCGACGCGCCCAUCCAGUUCCUGCGGCGCCUGGACCUGUCGGAGCUGCUCACGCACAUCCCCCGGCACAAGCUGAACACUUUCCACGUGCGCAUGGAGGACGAUGCCCAAGUGGGCCAGGGCGAGGAGCUGCGCAAGUUCAUCCUGGCGGCGCUCAGCGCCAGCCACCGGAACGUGGUGAACUGCGCCCUGUGCCACCGGGCGCUGCCCGUGUUCGAGCAGUUCCCGCUGGUGGACGGGACUCUGUUCUUGAGCCCGUCGCGGCACGACGAGAUCGAAUACGAUGUUCCUUGUCACCUCCAAGGGAGGCUCAUGCACCUGUACGCCGUGUGCGUGGACUGCUUGGAAGGGGUGCACAAGAUCAUCUGCAUCAAGUGUAAGUCGCGCUGGGACGGCAGCUGGCACCAGCUGGGCACCAUGUACACCUACGACAUCCUGGCCGCCUCUCCUUGCUGUCAGGCCCGGCUGAACUGCAAGCACUGCGGAAAGCCCGUGAUCGACGUGCGAAUCGGGAUGCAAUACUUCUCUGAGUACAGCAACGUCCAGCAGUGUCCGCACUGCGGCAACCUGGACUACCAUUUUGUGAAGCCAUUUUCCUCCUUCAAAGUCCUCGAAGCUUAUUGAUGAAAGCUUUGCUUUUAGUAAUAGCUAUUUUAUUGACAUUACUUUGUUACCUAUCUUUUAUAGGGAAACAUCCUGUGACGCUACUUUCUUUUCUAAUUUAAAGGAGAACCCCUUUGUGUACAGGUGCCACUGAAACGGGGGCCACCUGCUGCCCUCUUGCCUCCCGAGUGUUAGUCUGUGGUCAUGGCCAGGGUCCGAAUGGGUAAUGCUGAGUUGUGGGGUGGUGGUUCACUGUCACAAUGGGUCUCUCGAGCAGCUUUUGAGGUGGGGGGCGGGGGAGAGGAGGGGUGCAGUUAGCAGAGGGAGGAGGUGGCUGUAAACUAAGCACAGUAGGACUUGGGAAGAAACUCUUAACUGAAAACACAAACUGUCUCAAGAUCCACGUUGAGACCUCUGGGGCUUGGAAAAAAAAACGGUGACAAGUGAAUGUAAGUCUGUGCCUGGAGAACUGACGAGGUCCGAGUCUGCUCUGGCUUAGUGUUGUGUGUUGUGUGUGCAUACACACCUGCAGUGUCCCCCACGCCCCAGAUAUACUACUCGGAAGUGAACACAGUGCUCUUCCUGUCACAGUUAUAAUCUAACAGUUGGUUUUCAUACUAAAACUAAUACCCAGAUUGCCAGGCAGGAAAUCUACGAUGCUGCAAAUAUUCUUAGGUAUGACCUACAACAGAAUUAAUACUACGUGAAUUUGGCAAGGAGACCCACUGGGCUCAAGAGUUUCGUAGCAAAAGAAAAAAAGUCAGAACCCUGUUGUUUGAAUUGCUCAUGUGAACCUCUAAGGAGAACUCAUGAAUAUCACUAUUUGAUGAUUUUCUGUUACCGUUAUUCAUAAAACCAGUUGGUAAAGUAACUGAUUUCAGUAGGUGGUACUGAUUUGAAAAGUAAUCAUUUCCACACUUAACUUCCCUCACUUAAUUCAUUACUUGCAGUCAUGUUCUGUGCAUUUUUAUACUGUGCUUCCAAAAUUAAAAAACUUACCCUAGGAAGAAAAGGAAAAUUUUGUUUAGAAAGAUAGUACAGAGUAAUUUCUAAAUUUCUUAUUUUUUUCAGUAAGUUGUCUCAUUUUAGAAAACCACUGAUCAGUGUAUAACAGUAUAUUUGGGAAUAGAUUAUUCUAUAGAUCCACAUGACACCUUACUGUUAGCAGAAAAACUUGGUCACUUAAAAUAACGAUCAGCCUGAGCUUUGGUUUUUCUGAAAUAACCUGUGUCUACUAGAUUUUAGACAUUUAAAUAGAGGGACCUUAUGGAAUUGGUAUAUGUGUUCUCAGAAAGAAUCUGAUAAUUCCAAAUAUGCUGUGUGAAUUUGUGAAAAGAAUAAUCACUUUAUUGAUAACCAAAUUUGGGGUUAUAUUAGCAUUUUUGAUGCACAUUGAUUUAUGCCUUUUUUUUGCACAAACAGUUGGUUUUCUUGCAAGUAAAUUUUAGUUCCACUAAAUGAAAUAUUUGAUACUUUGUUUGAAAGACUGCUUCAUUUAAAGGAACAGUUUAUCAAAUAUUAUACCUCAUUUUCCAGCUUAGGUGAUUAUCAUUUGGUUUAAUGCAUCUAGUUUGGUGGUGUCUGAUGACCUGAAAAAAAAAAUUACAGUGGGGGAAAAACACUCAGUUCCUAUAAAGCAGCAGAAAUUAUUUGCCUGACCAUAGACCAUAGGUCUAUUAGAUAUAAUUCUCUCAGAUUAGUCCUAACUCACAAAAUUAUAAUUUUGAAUUAGCUACUUUCCUGUUGAUUCUCUCAUACACCCAAGUACUAGAUUUUGACCAUAAAAAUUAGUAAUUUCCCCUUGUCUUCAGAGUGCCAUUUGGAUUUUAUUUCUGGAUUUAAAUUUGUCAUGCUGUUUUUUAAACUUCGGUUUGUAUCUGCUUAUCUUGGUGUUCUGAGGCUUAAGUUUACAUAAAGAUGCACCCUGCAAUAUCCUCAGCCUGCAUUGCAGUAUUGUGUCUUACCUGGUCUGUCUUUUCUGCUCGUCUGCUUUCUUCUCCCUGAACAAGAAGUGUGAGUGUGGUUCACUGUCAUUGAGGGCUAGAAUUUGCUUUGAACCUUCACACUGAUGGCACAGUUAUAAGUGGGUAGAUGCUGCACAUAUAUAAGGCCUAGAUGUAAUAUCUGGGAUUUUCUUGUUUGGCGUGGGGCAGGGGGCUUUCAGGGUAUUUCAUUUUUGUUUAAAAGAGAAAAUAUGGCUGAUUUGAGAAUAAAAUACAAUUGCUAUGCAACAGGUGAAAUAUAACUCUUAUUUUAGAAAUAUGCUAAUCUCAUCAUUUUCUCCAUGUUUUCUCAGAAUACUUUUUCUGACUAUUUUGAUGCAGAUUGGAGUAUAUCAGAAAGAUAGUUUUUGUUGUGGUUUAGAUAUUAAAAAUACUCACUUGGUUUAUGCUAUUUUUUUUCUACAGAGACUCAUUUUCUGUUUCCCUGAUGGAUUUCUUUAAAUAACAUGAGCCACUCAUAAAUGAUAAUUUCAAAGUGAUUUUUCAUCUAUUCUAACUUCUUAUCACUAUUAUUUAAGUUUCGACUUUGAACAAAUUUUUUGCUUUAGUUUAUGGAGAAGCCUUUAUUAAUCUCAGUGUGUAAUUUCAGUCAGAAAACUUUCAUUAAUCUCAUCGUUCCCAUUCAGGCCAACCCUUCUGCCUGCAUCUGAAGUAGCUGAUAUGCUGAAUUCAUACCUUAAAAAGAUGACACGGGCCAUGAUACUGGAAUGAUUUCAUUAUAGUAAGAAAGCAUCUGAUAAAAGACCCUUCAUGUUCACCUUUUGUAAAGGAAGUUCAUUUUUUGAGAGUAAAAAUUAUUUUCAUACAUGUUUGAGGGAAACUAAAUGAUCAGGAAAGAAUAUUACCAGAUGUCUAAACCUUAAAACUAACAGCUGUUUGAUUAAACUUACCAGACCACCCAUCCUAACAUACACUCGUCAGUUCUCCUGUGCCCUGCUCAGUGACUCCAGUUUGCUUUCCUCUCUCGCCUCAUGGUAGCAGCUGUUGAGUGGUUUCAGCUGGGGCUGAGGAGAAAGUCCUCUUGUUCAGUGUUUCGGUUCCUGAAAGAGGGUGCCGCCUAACCCAGCUCAUCUGUGUUCUGUUGAGUUUAUUAUUAUCCCAGGUAAAAGAAAGAAAAUACAAUGAUGGGCUUCAUUAAAACCAGCUCGAAAAUAUAUUCUCGCUAGUAAAGAUUUCUUGUUAAGAUGUCUUGGAUUGCACUUUUGUUAAGGGAAGAUACUGUAAAUAGUUAAAGAAUGUUGAUGAAAAUGAAGCAUUUGGUUUUGGAAUUGUGUGUGAUGUUAGAAGGUUUCUGUUUGUGAAAUGUAUGUAUUAAAAAUAAUAAAAUUUCAAAAACUAA